AGGGUUUGAUGCACCUCGGUUUGGGGGAAGUAGGGCAGGGCCCCUAUCUGGAAAGAAAUUUGGAAACCCUGGGGAGAAACUAGUUAAAAAGAAGUGGAAUUUCGAUGAGCUGCCCACAUUUGAGAAGAAUUUUUAUCAAGAACACCCUGAUUUGGCUAGGUGAACAGCACAAGAGGUGGAGACAUACAGAAGGAGUAAGGAAAUUACAGUUAGAGGGCACAACUGCCCAAAGCCAGUUCUGAAUUUUUAUGAAGCAAACUUCCCUGCAAAUGUCAUGGAUGUGAUUACGAGACAGAAUUUUACUGAACCCACUGCUAUUCAGGCUCAGGGAUGGCCCGUUGCUCUAAGUGGAUUGGAUAUGGUUGGAAUAGCACAGACUGGAUCUGGGAAAAUAUUGUCUUACUUGCUGCCUGCUAUCAUCCACAUCAACCAUCACCCAUUCCUAGAGAGAGGUGAUGGGCCUAUCUGCUUGGUGCUGGCACCAACUCAGGAACUGGCCCAACAGGUACAGCAAGUAGCUGCCAAAUACUAUAGAGCAUGUCGACUGAAUUCCACUUGCAUCUAUGGUGGUGCUCCCAAGGGACCACAGAUUCAUGAUUUGGAGAGAGGGGAAAUUUGUAUUGCAACACCUGGAAGACUGAUUGACUUUUUAGAAUGUGGGAAAACCAAUCUGAGAAGAACUACCUACCUUGUCCUUGAUGAAGCAGAUAGAAUGCUUGAUAUGGGCUUUGAACCCCAAAUAAGGAAGACUGUGGAUCAGAUAAGACCUGAUAGGCAAACCCUAAUGUGGAGUGCAACUUGGCCAAAAGAAGUAAGACAGCUUGCUAAAGAUUUCCUGAAAGACUACAUUCAUAUAAACAUUGGUGCACUAGAACUGAGUGCAAACCAUAACAUUCUUCAGAUUGUGGAUGUAUGUCAUGAUGUAGAAAAGGAUGAAAAUCUUAUUCAUCUAAUGGAAGAGAUAAUGAGUGAGAAGGAGAAUAAAACCAUUGUUUUUGGUGAAACCAAAAGAAGAUGUGAUGAGCUUACUAGAAAAAUGAGGAGAGAUGGGUGGCCCACCAUGGGUAUCCAUGGUGACAAGAGUCAACAGGAGAGUGACUGGGUUCUAAAUGAAUUCAAACAUGGAAAAGCACCUAUUCUGAUUGCUACAGAUAUGACUUCCAGAGGGCUAGAAGUGGAAGAUGUGAAAUUUGUCAUCAAUUAUGACUACCCUACCUCAGAGGAUUAUAUUCAUCGACUUGGAAGAACUGCUCACAGUACCAAAACAGGCACAGCAUACACUUUCUUUAUACCUAAUAACAUAAAGCAAGUGAGAGAACUUAUCACUGUGCUUCGGGAAGCUAAUCAAGCAAUUAAUCCCAAGUUGCUUCAGUUGGUCAAAGACAGAGGUUCAGGUUGUUCCAGGGGUAGAGGAGGCAUGAAGGAUGACCGUCAGGACAGAUACUCUGCGGGCAAAAGGGGUGGAUUUAAUACUUUUAGAGACAGGGGAAAUUAUGACAGAGGUUACUCUAGUCUGCUUAAGAGAGAUUUGGGGGCAAAAACUCAGAAUGGUGUUUACAGUGCUGCAAAUUACACCAAUGGGAGCUUUGGAAGUAAUUUUGUGUCUGCUGGUAUACAGACCAGUUUUAGGACUGGUAAUCCAACAGGGACUUACCAGAAUGGUUACAAUAGCACUCAGCAAUAUGGGAGUAACGUUCCAAAUAUGCACAAUGGUAUGAACCCACAGGCAUAUGCAUAUCCUGCUACUGCAGCUGCGCCUAUGAUUGGUUAUCCAAUGCCACCAGGAUGUUCUCAGUAA